ACCAUGCACCAUCCUCAAAGUUUAUCUAUUUUGUCCUCAUAUCAUGUCUUCAAUGUCCAUUUAAUCCAAGCAAUUGCCACAAUUGAUUUCCACUUCAAAAUUCACUCACAACAAGCAAUUUACAUCUAUCAAUGGCAAAGAAGAAGAACCAAAGUGGACACAAUGCGAAGCAUAUUGACAAAAACAUAGAGAGUGACGGUACUGUAACGGUGGAUCUCCAAAUUGACAUGAAUUGCGAAAGUUGCGCUAGAAAAGUCGUUAAAUUCGUUCAUUCUCUCGACGGUGUGGAAUCAGUGGAGAGAGGGGAUAAUGAUUGGAUGAAAAUCACUGUGGUUGGUAAAGUUGACCCGGUUGAACUUUGUGAAAAUGUUAAGGGAAAAAUAAAAAAGAAUGUGGAAUUGGUAUCUCCGGCAACAAAAAAGAAAAAUAGCAGUGGCCGAGAACAUGAGAACCAACAAAAACAGCAAAAACAAGUUCCAGUGACAACGACCGUGUUGAAGAUGCCAUUACAUUGCGAGGGAUGCAUCAAGAAGAUCCAAGAUCUAGUCAGGAAGACCGAGGGGUUUGUGGAGAUGUCAAUUGAUAAGGGCAAUGAUUUGGUGAUAGUGAAAGGAGCGAUGGACAUGAAGUUAUUGAUGACAACGCUUAAGGACAAACUGAAUAAGAAGGUUGAGAUUGUACAGGCGAAAGGUAGUGGUGGAAAGAAGGGGAAGGGCGGUAGUGGUGACGAGGAGGGGGAGGGGAAGGAAAGUGGUGGUGGCGGGCCGAUAGUGGCCGAGUAUAACCAUAGGAUGGAGCAUUUCACUGGUCAAGGUGAAUACAUGUAUCAAGGUCAAUACAUGUAUCCGCAAUAUGUAAGUUGGCCUGAGUUUACAUUUAAUUACACGCAUGCCACUCAGAUGUUUAAUGACGAAAACCCUAAUGCAUGUGUUAUCAUGUAAUGGAUGUCGGAUGAUAGACGUGAGCGUUAUAAUUAGAAGCUAAAUCACCUAUAAUAAGUAGUUCACUAUGUUAAUUUUAAAUGUAUUAUUACACCAAGUAUAUAUUACAGUUUUGGCUUUUUAUUUAAA